AUGGCCAACGAGAACGGCACCCACCCGGCGGUGCCGGCCACAAUCUGGAACGACGGCGAAGAGGUUCCCAACCCCAACCCGGGGGUGUACGAGACAAGGAAGUACCUCAUCGACUAUGGCAAACCGUACACGUCUAUCCCGGCGGACGCGCUCCCCGCGCUAUCCAGUGAUCUCUCGCCCAACCCCACAGGCCGCGGACAGCACACCAACCCACCCCGUCCUGAUGGCGGCCUGAGCCCUAGCUAUGGACCGCUGUAUCAGGGCCGUGUACCCAAGCCGGGGCAGAAGUCAAACUGGGACGUGCACAUCUACUACAAGCCAAACAACCUCGGGGAGAAGGACUAUGCGCGGGCGCUGCACGCCACGAUCAGGCGCGAAUUUCCCGAACUCAAGGUGUAUCGCUUCUGGGAGGUACCCAUUGGCCCUCACCCGGUCCCCAUGUUCGAGACAGAUGUCUUCGACACGGUCCAGCUCGGCGCCUUCCUCUCGUACCUCGUCGAGAACCGCGGACCACUAUCUGUCCUGAUCCACCCCAACACUGGAGACGCCGCCGGGGACCACACCACACGCGCGACCUGGCUCGGCGACAAGAUCCCCCUCGACGCCGAGACGCUGCGCGCUCUUGAUCGCAGGGUGGCGGCCAACCCGGAGCUGUUCCAACGUAACUUCAAAUAG